CCACUUGCACCAUUCGGAAUUAUCCAACUAACUUUGAGUUAGCCGCAAACACAGGGUUAAACUAAUAAUUUGUGUUGCACCGUUAAAGGUUAAGGUUUAACUCUGAAUUAAACUGUUCAAUAUUUAACUCGCCGACGGAGCAGGGUUAAGUCGCUAACUCUGGGUUAUUACCGAAUUAUUUUGAAAACAGAAUAGCGGAUCAUUAGCAGUUUAUUGGCGCGAAGUAAAAUUAUUGUUUUGUGUUUGGUUUUACGACGGAACUAUGAUAAAUGAUUUAUUAUUAUAUUCCGAUGACGAUGAAGAGAUUAUCGAUUAUAUUGCCACGGAUUUAUAUAAUAGAAGAGUUGCAGAACGAACUGAUUAUUUUAACUCGCAAAGAGAUAAAGAAUUUCACAGAAGGUUUCGACUUGAAAAACACAGUGUAGUAUUUUUAUUAGAUAAAAUCAAACACAGAUUGCAAUACAAACAUGAAAAUAUCAAGUAAGUAUAAGGUUAUAAUAAAAUAUAUUAAGUUACACUAUCUAUGGGUAUAAGUUUAGGUAUCUAUUUUCUUGGUAUAUGACUUGUGUCUGGACCCUAUAAUUAUGUUAUGAGUAAUUUACAUACAAUUUUAUUUUCAGUGCCGCGUUAUCACCAAUGAACCAACUUCUAUGCACUUUAAGAUUUUAUGCCACUGGAAGCCAACUUUUGACGUGCGGAGAUUUCAUAGGGGUACACGAAUCAACCGCAUGUAGAACUAUUCAUAAAGUAACAGAUGCCAUAGCCCGUUUGUACCCAGAAUACAUAGUUAUGCCUAGCACAGAAGAAGAGCUAAAACAAACCGCAAUGAAAUUCUAUCAAAUUGCUCGAUUUCCACGUGCUAUUGGAGCCGUAGACUGUACUCAUGUACGGAUGAAGUCUCCAGGAGGAGAGAAUGCAGAGAUUUAUAGAAACAGAAAGGGAUACUUUUCAAUCAACACCCAAGCUAUCUGUUCUGCUGAUCUACUAUUUACUGAUGUUGUUGCACGUUGGCAUGGGUCUGCCCAUGAUUCGCAUAUUUGGGACAAUAGUAAUCAACGCAGACAUUUUCUUCAUAGGAAAUAUGGAGAUUACUGUCUACUUGGUGAUUCAGGAUACGCACAAACUGCAUUUAUGAUGACACCUCUAGGAAAUGUGACCUCUCCUAUGCAAUCUUUGUACAACGAGUCACAGAUCAGAACUAGGAAUGUUAUUGAACGCACCUUUGGUAUUUGGAAGAGAAGAUUUCCUAUUGUUAGCAGAGGUAUUCAAGUCAAUUUAAGCAGGAUACCCGGUAUAAUCGUCGCUACAUGCGUGUUGCAUAAUAUUGCUCGUCUGCAAAAUGACCUAGAACCACCUGUUGACCCAGAUUAUCCUCCUAUAUUGGACAAUACAGCCGAUGAGAUUGGAGUGUUACCUUACAAUAGAUCAGGUCCAAAUACGGCAGGACAUAAUGCUCGUCAAGUGCUGAUUGAGCAACACUUUGGGAGAUUAGGUUAAUUAAGUUAAGGUUAU